AUGUCGGUGGCCCGACUUCCCGCUGAGAUUGACGACCGAGAGUCUAAGAAGGCUAAGAGGAUGGCCUUACCCAUGCUGGGAUUCUCGGAUGGGGAUAAGGUCAGAACUAUCCAACCCCAUGAUGAUGCUCUAAUCAUCACACUCAGGAUUGGGGGAUAUGAUGUGAAGAGAGUGUUAGUCGAUCAGGGCAGCACUGUGGAAGUAAUGUACCCCGACCUAUACAAGGGGCUGAAUUUGAAACCCGAAGACUUGACGGCAUACGACUCCCCUUUGGUAAGCUUUGAAGGGAAAACCGUUACUCCGAGAGGCCAGAUUAGACUGCCCAUACAAACAGGCUCGGACAUAGUGGAGGUGGACUUCAUAGUGGUGGAUGCAUACUCACCCUACACAGCCAUUGUAGCUAGGCCUUGGCUUCAUGCCCUAGGGGUUGUUUCCUCUACCCUGCACCAAAAGGUGAAGUAUCCAUCGAAGGGUCAGGUCAAAGAAGUUAUAGGAGAUCAAGCCAUGGCUCGACAAUGCAUGGUGGGAUCAGCCGAGGAGGCAAAUUGCGAGGAUUUGGAAAAAGUUCCUGUGGACAUUGAUCCGAAAAGAUUCUUUCAAGUCGGCUCGAAACUACCUCCCCAAGAGAAAGAAAUGCUAAUUGAUUUUCUUAGGGAAAAUGUGGACGUGUUUGCAUGGGACACUUACAAGGCCCCAAGGUUCGAUCCGGACUUCAUAUGCCACCACCUUAACAUUAAUCCAUCUGUUACACCCAAGAAGCAACCCCCUCAGCAUCCGUCGAAAGAGCAUGUUGAUGCGGUCAAGAAGGAGAUGAUGAAACUUAAGAAAGCAGGGGCUAUCAAAGAAGUUUUCUACCCUAAGUGGCUGGCCAAUACUAUCGUGGUGAAGAAGAAGAGCGGAAAAUAG